AUUGUCGAUGGCAAACUGUGGUUCCAGUUGGACUGUGGAAGUGGCCCAGGAAUCCUGGGAAUUUCUGGCAGGGCCGUCAAUGAUGGAAGCUGGCAUUCAGUCUUCCUGGAGCUGAAUCGCAAUUUCACGAGCUUGUCCCUGGACGACAGCUAUGUGGAGCGCCGCAAAGCCCCCCUCUAUUUCCAGACUCUCAGCACAGAUAGCUCCGUCUACUUUGGCGCCCAGGUCCAAGUGGAUAACGUCCGCAGCCUGACCGACAAGAGAACGACGCAGGUCUUGAGUGGCUUUCAGGGCUGCCUGGAUUCAGUCGUCCUAAAUAACAACGAACUGCCGCUCCAGAACAAGCGCAGCAGCUUUGCAGAAGUGGUUGGCCUGACCGAAUUAAAGCUUGGCUGCGUUCUCUACCCCGAUGCCUGCGAGAGGCAUCCCUGCCAGAACGGCGGGACCUGUACCAGCGUGCCAUCUGGUGGCUACCAGUGCAAUUGUCUCUCCCAGUUUACGGGAAGGAACUGUGAGUCGGAGAUCACAGCCUGCUUCCCAAAUCCCUGCCGGAACGGAGGCUCAUGCGAUCCCAUCGGCAACGCUUUCAUCUGCAACUGUAAAAACGGCCUGACGGGAGUAACGUGUGAAGAAGACAUCAACGAGUGUGAAAGAGAAGAAUGUGAAAAUGGUGGCUCCUGCGUCAACAUAUUUGGUUCAUUUCUGUGUAACUGCACCCCUGGCUAUGUGGGGCAAUAUUGUGGUCUUCGCCCCGUGGUGGUUCCCAAUAUACAAGCUGGACAUUCAUACGUUGGCAAGGAAGAGCUGAUAGGAAUAGCCGUGGUUCUGUUUGUCAUAUUUGUGUUGAUAGUCCUCUUUAUCAUCUUUCGUAAGAAAGUUUUCAGGAAGAACUAUUCCCGCAACAACAUCACGCUCGUACAGGAUCCGGCUACUGCUGCCCUGCUCAACAAGAGCAACGGCAUCCAGUUCAAGAACAUCAGGAACAGUGGAGACAGCAGAAAUAUCUACCAAGAGGUUGGGCCUCCACAGGUCCCAGUGAGGCCGAUGGCCUAUACCCCGUGCUUCCAGAGUGACUCGAGGAAUAACCUGGACAAGAUAGUGGAUGGGCUUGGCGUGGAGCACCAGGAGAUGACAACGUUUCAUCCCGAGUCCCCUCGAAUACUGACGGCCAGGCGGGGGGUGGUGGUGUGCAGCGUAGCUCCAAACUUGCCCGCUGUGUCUCCUUGUCGCUCCGACUGCGACUCCAUCAGGAAGAGCACGUGGGAUGCUGGGACAGAAAGUAAAGGGGUUGAUGACGCUGAAGAAGUGACCUGUUUUGCAGGAAGUAAUAAAGGCAGCAACUCUGAAGUACAGUCCCUCAGCUCCUUCCAGUCUGAUUCCGGUGAUGAUAAUG